AUGCUACUCUUUCCUGAUGGCGACACUAACGGCGACGACGCCAAACGAGACCGCCUUGCCGCCCUGCCGGAGGAGCUUCUCUUUGAAACGCUCAGCCAGCUAUCUCAAAAAGACCUCUGCAAUGUGUCGCGGUUGAACAAACGGUACCACAGACUGGCCGAUGCUGUUCUGUAUAAAAGCGUUCACUUCCAGAGCCCGGAGCUUCAUCUCACAUUCAGCGAGUCACUAGGCCGUCGGCCACGCCGCGGCUCGGCCAUUAACGAGGUGAAACUUGUUUACCCUAAUGAGGAGCUGUCGCGCCUGGCUUUGGAUGGCCCUGUUCACAACUCUCAUUACGACCCCUCGCGCUCCGACACGCUUUCGCGCACACUCUCUGUCAUGUCCAAUUUGGAGAAACUUGACAUUGCUGUGCCGAACGUCCUGUUGCACGGUAUAGGCACGUUGUUCAACGGGCCCUUCGACUUGGCCUACCUCAAGGAGUGUACCCUCUUCUACCAAUGCCCCGAUGAUGCAUAUUGGGACCUGCGGGAGAACAUCCACAUUUUUGCCCAUCCGACAUUGGAAACUCUCACUAUCAAAAGGGCAAAGCUUGACGAGAAAGGAUUCGACUUCAUGGAGCGCCCACAUGAGACAGCGUUGAAAAAGCUACAUUUCAUUGAAUGCGAUAUCAAUGACGAUGGGUUGUCGGAUCUUCUCGAAUUUCCCGAGGGGCUAGAGGAAUUUGUCAUGACGCAAACACUGGAACCGAGGCCAGAGCUGCAGGAGAGUUCUGACAACUUCGCCGAUUACGUCCUCGCGCUCACAUCGCAAGCACACUCUCUCAAGACGUUGAUUGUCGACUCACCGACGCUCAGUUGCCGAAAACCGUUGAGAAUGAGAGAGUUUGAGGCUCUCAAGACGAUACGGAUGAACUGGGACUACCAGCUUUUCGGGAAAACGUCCAAGAAGCCACGCAUGCACUCGGUGGGCCUCCCACCCGAGAUGGAAACCUUGGAGUUCUUCAACGAAAUGGGCACGGAUGCAGAGGUGGCGGACCUCCUGCUAUACACGGUUCAGACCAAGGACAUUGUCGCCAAGACCUGGAAAACAUUCGUGGUGGUCGAGGGCGACAACGGAGUUUCUCCAGAGAUUAAGGAAGCAUGCAGAGAUCAAGGCCUGCAACUGGAUAUCAUCGGUGCAUUUGACACGGACGCCGAACUUGACUAG